CGACAGUUCGCCGCGCUGAACUCAAAUCUCUGUUUGAAAGAGCGUGGUCUGUAUUUGAAUGUUAGGAUAAAUGCUCUUCAAAAUCAUUUUUUAAUCUGAGAUACCUAUACUUGUCUUGCCUGACUGAUUGAAGAAGCCUCAGAUAACGGAAGAUCAUCAUCUUUGAAGAACUGUCCUUUCCCUGAUGCACAGAAUGGAGUCGGUGGUGACGAGAAAGAAUAACAAGGAGAACAAUAAACCAGUUUGUGGCCCAAAGAAACAAGUCUGCAGUAUUGUAUCAAAACAAAGAGUGAUAAGUAAAUCGGCACCUCUUCAGUCAAAGAAUGAUCUUAAGGAGGGUAACUCUGGAAAAACAGAGAGAGAGAAGGAUGUUAGAGCGAAGACCAAAACUAAUGAUGCUGAUCCUACUAAGCGCAACACACUAAGCCAGGCCUUCCGUACGCAGCAGACUGUAAGACACAGGAAGCUUGUGGAAGAAGUUCAAAAACCACCUUCUACUGUCUCUGCCAUUCAGAAAUCCAAACCUGGUACAUAUAAAGGCCGUGUGGUACAGUCUAAAAUAGACUGUUUCAGAAAACCCAGUGGUGAUGCGAUUGCGAAGACCACAGAAAAGAAAGUGAUUCCAAAACCUGAAUUGCCUAAAGUCCGGUCCAAGUCUGUUACUUCACUGCCGGCGUCCACUAAACCCAGAGUCAACUUAUCCAGACCGAAAUCUGUUUCUGAUGUCCCGCUGAAUGCCACUAAAAAACCAGUCCAGAAGUCAGUUUCCCAUAAUCGGAUACUUCAGAAGGUCUCGGGCUCCAUCUCUCAAGCAGGUGCCCCGCGGGUUUGUGUUCCCCCCAGGCCAGCCCCUCUGGCUACAGGGCGCUCGGCCAUCAGACCCACCGCUUCAAAGAAGCAAGAGAUGGCGAAACCCGAACCAGCCACCACUGAACAGAAUGUCCACAGACCUGUCACUAGUACAAUCAGCCAGUACAAAGUGCAAAUGAAUACUGCUGAAGAGAGAAGAGCAAAGCUUGCAGAGUGGCUGGCAUCUAAGGGAAAGACCCUGAAGAGGCCUCCGGUCUCAGAAAAGUCAGCAACCUUUUCACAAAAACCAGCUCCACAGCCUAAAACUAGAGCCAAAGCCCCAAUUGGUGCCAAGUCUAAUCCUGUCACCCAAACUGAGGCUGUGAAACCAACCCCUGCAUUGCAGACCAACAACCAAACUGAUAAUAUUAAAGUCCCCGACAAUAAACCAGUGUAUUCUAGCGGAGCAAGCAAUGUUAUGAAUACCACACUAGACUUGCUGGACAACAGUGACAUGGAUCUGCCAGUCGACCCAGAGAUAAGGAUGGAGUCUUUGGUGAUAAACUUGUGUGAUAAACUGGAGGCAAUGGAGACACCCUCAUCCUGUGAAGAUGGCAUAAAUGCUGACAGACCUGAUGCGUUGGCAGAGGAAAGAAUGGAAGGACAAGUGGAGGAGCACAAAAUGGAUAAAAUGUUUGAAAUUCUGGAAGAGGAAGAACUGAGAUAUGAGGAAAGCUCAGAGAGCGACAUUACAGAAGACACUAAGAAGGCUGGCAUAAAGAUUGAGGAUGAUGAUCAGGAACUUAAGGAGAAAAAGGCAUUUGAGAGUGAAGAUGACAGUGAUGAUGAGAUGAGGAGUGCCACUCCAGAGAUGGCAGGGGCUUCCAUUGUGAAAUACAACGUGAAAACGACUCCAUAUCUGCAAAGUGUGAAAAAGAGAAUCGAUUGCGAAACCGCACCAGCCAGUGGCUCGCGACGCAAAAGCACCAUCAAAGACCUAAAGUUUCUGACACCUGUGCGACGAUCAACACGAAUCCAGCGUAAGUCCUCUCGUCUGCCAGGUAUGCUGAACGACCAUGACACUUGUGUCUCCUCAUUGGCUGAGCUGGUGCAGAUGGACGAUACAGAUGCGAGUGCUUACAUCUACAGAAAAAACCCGGCCCUACUCGAAGACCUUCCUGAUCAGCCUGUAGACUUUGCAAAAGUAUGCAGUUAAACAAUAUAAGCGGAUACAACACUAAUGUCACUUUCAAAUUGGACAUUUAUAGCAUACAUAACACCUAUAUUUGAAGUAUUCUAUGUGACACUAUUAAAAAUGCUUUAUUUUAAUAUUUAAGUGUUUGUUGCAUUUGGCUGCAACAUGGAGUAAUCUAUUAACUGCAAUGGCUUAAGUUUAAGGACAAUAAUUCGAUUUAUAGGCACUAUUGUGAAAAUAUGCUAUGCUAACAUAAGGCUCAUGCAGUGUGUAUAUAUAAAGAGCUAUUUCUGUAUUUUGUUGCAUUUUAACUCUACAGUCCUUUUGUUGGGGAGAAAAUUGACACUUGGAAAAAGGAGGAUUUGUUUUGUUGGUCUGUUUUGGGCAGUAUCAAAAAAUUAUCAAACCAAAGAAUGUUGCCUUUCACUUAUGUAAUUUCUUUGUAAGAUGUUUAAGAUGCUGCAAUUGUUAUUUGUUCAGUUGUUUAUUUUCUCACUUUUAAAUAUGUAAGUGUUUUUUGAACUUACAGUAGUCAUUUAUCGUUUUAAUAAACUAAACUUU